CUUUUUUACGACCACCCAUAACUAUUCACGGUAAAGAAGGCUUUGAUGGUAAGCAACCAGUCGAAGAGUAGAAUUGAGGGUUUUCGCUUGGCACAAUUCUUUUCAUUUCCUUAGGGAUUUCUCUUCCAUUUCUAUGGCGUGAAUAUUGGGAGACUUGUGCCUCAACCUGAAGAUAAUGCCCUUGUUUAUGCUGAGUGCGAUUUCUAAAUUUUGACGUGGAUGCUUGAUUCGAAUGGCGAUUCAGAUCUGUAUGGCAAUCUUUCCUGCGUGAAGGAUUAAUCUGCUUGGAAGGAAGGUUCGAUUAAUAACGCAGGAGACAAGAAGGAACCUGAUCGGAUUUUCUACGAGUAUGACAUGAGGGCAAUAUUGUUCUGAGAAGGGGUCGAGCUUGCUGAAGGAAUUUUGGACUGAAACUAAAUCUUCAUCAGAUUGAAAGUGAAAAGAUGGGUGAUUUGGAGAUAGACAAGCAUGCACGAUAUAUCAAUUCUCUUGAAAAGUAAUGUGUAUCAGAAAAAAGAUUUCAAUUCAAUGGUAAUGGAACACUUGAGAAUGAGUGGUGUAUAUUGGGGUCUAACGUCAUUAGAUCUCAUGGGGAAGAUUGAAGAUGUGGAUCAAGAAGCUGUUGUUUCUUGGGUGCUGCAGUGUCAGCAUGAUUGUGGUGGAUUUAGUGGAAAUAUUGGGCACGACCCUCAUAUUUUGUAUACCUUGAGUGCUGUUCAAAUAUUGGCCCUACUUGACAAGUUAGAUGUUAUUGAUGCAGACAAGACAGCAACUUAUAUCAUGGGAUUGCAACAGGAGGAUGGAUCCUUUGCAGGUGAUGAAUGGGGAGAAAUUGACACUCGGUUUUCUUACUGUGCAGUUUGUUGCAUGUCAAUUUUACAUCGACUAGAUAAGAUUGAUGUUGGAAAGGCCAACCAAUAUGUUGUGAGUUGUAAAAAUUUUGAUGGUGCAUUUGGGUGUACUCCUGGUGCAGAAUCGCAUGCAGGUCAAAUUUUCUGCUGUGUCGGUUUCCUUGCUAUAACAGGCUCCCUAAGUCAUGUGGAUAGGGAUCUUCUUGGAUGGUGGCUCUGUGAACGGGAAGUAAAAACUGGAGGUCUUAAUGGGCGACCUGAGAAACUUGCAGAUGUGUGCUAUUCUUGGUGGGUUUUAUCAAGCUUGAUCAUGAUUGAUCGAGUACAUUGGAUAGACAAGGACAAACUCAAGAACUUCAUCCUAGAUUGUCAGGAUAAGGAGAAUGGAGGUAUCUCAGAUAGGCCAGAUGAUGCUGUGGAUGUAUUCCAUACAUUCUUUGGCAUUGCAGGUCUUUCAUUGUUGGAAUAUCCUGGACUAAAGCCAAUAGAUCCAGCAUAUGCUCUGCCUGUUCAUGUUGUGGACAGAAUAUUCUUUGGCAGGCCACGUAAAUAAUGAAUAUUUUACAGAGAAGAUAUUCCUCGUUAUGGUGGUCAACAACCUUUUGGCUUUUCUCCAAAGUCUUUGUUUGUAAAGCUUAUCUACUUCCUCAUUAAAUAGAGGAUGGAACUCCUUCCCUAGUGGCAGGCUGUUGAAAAGUCUUACCUAUGCUAAAGAAUAUUUUGUUGAAAUAUUAUCAUUGAUGUGAAGGACACUCAGUUCUGUUUGUUA